CGCACCGUCUGCUCCUUCAUCAAACGCUCGGCAUCUGGAAGUGAUAGAUUAGAUAGAAAAAACCAAACAAAAUGGCCGAAAAAAUCACGAACAAACGGCGCUGCGACUCACGAGCAGCUACGUAGUGCUAGAUAACGCUUCAAAGUUGAACGAACGUCUACGUCAGCUCUUCCGUCGUAUUUUGGCGCGAACCUUUGUUUUGCUGUCUGAUCGUUUUGGGUGGGAAAACAUAGACCUGCACCUGGGAUACAUAUUGGUUAGAUCAAGAGAGAAAAGAAACAUGGAAGGAAGGCAGCACAGAUUCACAAUGGAAAGAAAACAAAACUCAAGACGACUAGAUCGCAAUUCAGAGAGCAGAUACAGGAAGGGCUGUGCAGAUUAUCACUCAAGGUCCAGGGAGGAUGGAAGCCCAUUAAGAAGUCCGCUUCAACAAAAGAACCGCAACAGAGAGGAGGAGAGAACCACAGAGUCACGAAACAGGAGCAGAAGACAGUUUUGGAAAAAGUUGCAGGAUUCAGAACAAGCGGAAAGUGACGAGGAUUUUCCCCCACUUCGUAAAAGUUUAUGUUACACACCUGAAGCUGAAUUAGGGGACUCUACAAGGGUAAGAGAUUGGGCUGAAGAAAUGGAAAGGGAGGAUGCGAGAAUUGCAUGCAGGGGUAGAAGAAAACUAAACCUGUCUAGGGAGGAAUCGAAGCAAGAAAGCAGGUUUCAGAAGGAGAAUGACCGAUCUGUGCUGGAUAGACGUCAGAAGGCCAUCGAUUACGGAAAAAACACCCUGGCAUAUGACAGAUAUUCCAAACAAGUCCCCAAGACUCAGCGACUGAAGACACAUCCCAGAACUCCAAACAAAUACAGGAAGUGUAGUCGCCGCUCGUGGGACAGUCAGGUCCGUCUAUGGCGUAUAGCUCUUCACCAGUGGGACCCACCAAAUGCUGACGGAAGCACCUCAUCCCAAAGGAACCCCUCCCUACUGGAGUCUUCUGACGAGAGUGACAGCGAAAAUGUUCAUCUAAGUUCACUCUCUCUGUCUCAACCCUCUGAGCACUACUCGGAUGCUGACUCGGAGAUGUCCUCUACCUCAACUGAUGUGUUACAAAAAUCACAGAAAUACACCGGUCUGAUGGACAAAGAAAACGUUGAUUAGGACAAGGAGUGACAAAGCUGUAGAUGUGAGGCUGGACAAGAGAUUCAGUGAUGUGUUUGAUCAUUGCAAAUAUUAAGAAUAGUAUCAGAUGGAAUACUUCUACGACCUGAUGUUUUACAUAUUUAUAAUUUGUCUUUUUAAUUUAAUAUUUGAUUAAGGCCACUUGCUACAAAUUUUUUAAUUUUUUUUUUAAUUCAUGUUUGUGCAUGUUAAGUGAAUAAAUUUCACUGCAUGGAAUUUAAUUAUUUACCACAAUUUCUUAAUUAUAUGGAAGGGGAGGGCAUAUAUCACAAAAUUUGAACAUCACAGAAAUUACACAAGUUUGUAAUACUUUUGAAUGUUAACACUAGUUAGUAAUUACAACCAGAUUAAGCCGAAAUUAUAUUUUAACUCGCUCAUCCAAAAUUUGAAGCAAGUGUCCUUAAUGGCAAUUUGUCAUUAUUUAAAGAAUCUUGUAAAUUUACACUGAUCUCUUCAAAUUACAUUAAUGCAAUAUGUAUGGUUUCAUUUUCACUUUUCAAUGACAAUGUUGUAAUGUUCUUAAUGUGAAGUUCAGUGUGAACCAGUUUAGGUAAUAGGAAAAUUCACAUAGACAGUCAGCUGUGUAAUUCACGUAGACAGUCAGCAGUGUAAUUCACGUAGACAGUCAACAGUGUAAUUCACGUAGACAGUCAGCUGUGUAAUUCACGUAGACAGUCAGCUGUGUAAUUCACGUAGACAGUCAGCAGUGUGCUAUUGAAAAGUGAAUGUGAUAAUGAGUGCUACCUGUGUAUUGACUGUACACAGACUGAACCACAGUACCACACAAGUCAUGUGGUAAGUCAUGUGACCAGCAUGUGAUAGAUCCCAUUCAUAGAAGGUUUUAUCUUUUAUGAACAUUCAAGAUGUUUGUGAUAUAUAUCUGAAGUGCAGACUCGUAUUUCCUGAAGUUUGUAUUAUACAUGUAUGAAGAAUUAUUAACAGUAUGAUUAUUGAUAUGAAGGAAGAGCUAUGAUUGUCGGUGCUAUAAUUCUGUAGCCCAGAUCUUGUAUUAACCCACUGUAUUUCUUGAUCUAUAAUACACAUGAUCCUCCUGUGGCUAAUCUAUUUGUAUUUUUUUCAUUAACCCCAAAUGAGUUGACCCACAUCAUUUUGCUAUAGGCAGCCUUCAGUCUUGUCAUUUUAAUUUCUGUUUUGAUGAAAUGUAGUUUUACAUGGAUCACAAGUUUCCAGUGAUUUUUGAGUUUUUAAUUUAGAUUUGUACUGGGGUGUAAUUUGCCUCAUCUGUGGAUAACUUCAUUUAACAUACCAUAUUUUUAAUUUUUAAGAUUCAAAUUUGUAAGUUAAAGAAACAAAAGUACUGUUUGUGUGUUGUGUUGGGUAAGUCUUAAAUGUGUACCUUCUGUAAUUUUGCUGUCAUAGGACUUCGAUUUGAAAAAUUAAAACUUUUAAAUCAAUA